AUGAAUACAAAAACAGUCAAAAUGCCAGCUUUAAAAGACUCUAAUGUUGUAAAAAUUGCUGUUGAAAUGGACGAUCAAGUCCCUCAAUUAAUUAGCUUUAAUCAAAAGCAGCCUUUAGCUGCUAUAAUCCAAGACCUAUGUAAUGGAUGGGGAUUGUCAGAGCCGGAACUAUAUGCCCUUCAAUUUUCCGAAAAUAAUAAUGAAAACUACAUAACGGAAAAAAAUCGUAACGAAGUAAAAAAUGGUUCUGUUUUGAAGUUGACUUUUUCUCCUUCUAAAACUGCACACGAUAUUUUGACAAAAUUGAAUGGGACAAACACUGAAGACAAAACUUCAGCUUUACAAAAGUUAUCUUCACUAAGCACAGACAUUACUUUUGCUUUAGAAUUUAUUAAUAAACAGGGAUUGGCUUUGGUCAUUUCUCUUGUUGAAGGAGGAAAAUGCAAAGGUAAUGUCUUGGCUUAUUCUUUAAUCAGCUUUGUCGAGCUUAUGGAUCAUGGAAUUGUGUCGUGGGAUGUAUUAGAAAUUCCUUUUAUAAAUACAAUUGCUAGUUAUGUUAACAAUCAAUCUGAAGCUCAGGAUUUCAAAGUCGUUCAAUCUUCUCUUUCUAUUUUGGAAAGUAUUGUGCUUAACAGUUCUGCUAAGUAUGGAUUAGUCGAAAAGGAAGUGACAGUUCCAAAUUUAGUGAUGCAUUUACAAAGUCAGCAUUUGGUUAUACAACAAAAUGCUAUAGCAUUAAUUAAUGCUCUUUUUUUGAAAGCUGAUGCUGCAAAGAGAAAGGUUAUUUCUGGUACUCUCACAUCUAAACAAGUUAGAAAUCUUAUUCUUACUAAUAUUAUACAGUCAAAUAAUCAGGUCGGAGCUGAAAUGGCUCAUCAAUUAUAUGUUAUGCAGUCAUUGACUCUAGCUCAAUUGGAAUCAAGAAUGAAUACUAAAAUGGAUUUACAUGAUAUUGAUGCCCUUGAAAAGAUUAAAGAAUUAAGAAAAAUUGCUUUUGAUAUGGAUGGAAAUAAUUUAUUAGGAGAUACUUCAACCUUGAGACAAAUGGGUGGUUUUGCCAAAGAUUACAAAAAGCUAGGAUUUAAAUCUGACAUAAAUCCUGCUUUAGAUUUCACAGAAACUCCUCCGGGAAUGUUGGCUUUAGACUGCAUGGUUUAUUUUGCUAGAAAUCAUGUUGAUGCUUAUACCAAAGUAGUGUUGGAAAAUUCUUGUAGAGCUGAUGAACAUGAAUGUCCUUUUGGAAGAACAAGUGUUGAAUUAGUUAAACUGUUGUGUGAAGUAUUGAGAAUUGGAGAACCACCAAGUGAACAAGGUCAAAAUUACCAUCCAAUGUUUUUUACUCAUGAUCAUUUAUUCGAAGAAUUAUUUUGUAUUUGUAUCGUUUUGCUGAAUAAAACUUGGAAAGAGAUGAGAGCAAGUACAGAAGAUUUUGUAAAAGUAUUUAGUGUAGUUAGAGAACAAAUUACUAGAGCAUUAGCCUCUCAGCCUUUUGGAAUGGACAAAUUCAAAGCUAAACUCUCUACGCUGACCUAUUCUGAAAUAACAAAUUUAUGGCAACAAGAAAGAACAAGUCGAGAGGAAUGGGAAAGUCAUGCAAGACCCAUUGUUCAGUUAAGGGAAAAAAUAACUCCAGAAAUUAUAGAUUUGAUUCAAAAACAAAGACUGGGAUUUUUAGUCGAUGGUACAAGGUUUACAAAGUAUUCAUCUAGAGGCCAGAGAAUAAAAGAUAAAUUUUGGUAUGUUCGACUGUCACCAAAUCAUAAAGUGUUCCAUUAUGGAGAUUGUGAUGAAAAAAAUAAUCCAGCACUCGAAGAACUUCCAAAUAAAUUAGCAGUUAUAGAUAUUAAGUCUUUAGUUACUGGAAAGGAAUGCCCUCACAUGAAGGAUAUUCGAGGAAGGAAAACAACUCAUACGCUUGCAUUUUCAUUGCUCUCGGAUUCCGUUGAAGUUUCAUCUUUGGAUUUUGUUGCACCGGAUGAACAAGUAUUCGAUUAUUGGACGGAUGGAAUAAAUGCACUUUUGGGUAAUAAAAUGUUGAGUAAAGAAGCCGAAAACGAUUUGGAUACUCUUCUCUCAUUGGAAAUAAAAUUGAGACUUUUGGAUGCCGAAGGUUUAGACAUUCCACAGGAUCCUCCUCCCAUUCCAUCUCCUCCGCCUAAUUACGAAUUUUGCUUCGAAUAA